UACCCUCUACCUAGCUACCUAUAGCCUAUAGUAGUAGAAGCUCUACUACUCCCUCUUUCCUGCCUAUUCACCUACAUCGUUCAUCUUCCACAUCUAUAGACAGACCAAGCAGCCUUCCGCCACCCCUAGUGGAUAAUCACGAACCCCGAUCUCGACUGUCGUAACACACCGUUUACCUAGCUGCCCGACAUGGGCAACACCCCGUCGAAUCAGUCUGGACAAGGUGGUCCAUCCGGUAACACCACCAGUCCCGCUCGUCGAGGAUCCACCAGUCAAGGCCUCAGAUCUUCGCCUGCGCAGCCUUCUAGAUCUCAAGCUCCUAGCGUCCUCCCACACCGACAUCACGCUGGGCGCCAUUCGCAGAGAUCCGAAGCUGCACAGGGUUCCCCAUCAUCCAUCAACCAGACCUCGUCUUCCCCUUCGUCACAUCGUCCCAUCUCUCCAAGACGACGCAAGUCGCUCGAACUUCCAGACCUCAAUAACAAGCUCACUUUUACCAAUGCGAACGCUCAAGGAGCCACCUCGGAGCUGGUUCAGGCCGAAGCUCUCGACACGCAGACGACAGGUUCGGGCCGGGUCCGUUCUCCCUUGGCCGGUCCACCUCCAUCUGCGUAUACGUACGACGAGGAAAGCUCGCUCGGAAACACUCCUGCCAACAGCAAACGCAUCAGUCUCACUUCGGGCACGCGAGCUCGCUCGCCUCAAUCAGCGACGGUGCAGAUCACGACGUCGCUCGGAGAAGGGAUGGGUCGAGACGGGAGCGGAAGCUUGUCGAGCAUAGGGACGAGGGAAGGCAUGCCGAUCCCUGGGGCCAAACCAGCUCGUCGUGCUCCUUUCGGUGGAGACGAGCCGGACAACCCUUACUUUCCUCCUGUCGCGAGGCAGCGUCCACCGACGACGCCCGGAUUGCCCAACUACUCGCACAGUCCUCAUACCGGAGAUGGUGGAUCGGGUGUCGGCCUCGCUCACGUCGAACACGCAGAACAGGCCGAUUUCGACUUUUCCGGCCGAGAUAGGCUCUCGGUCAAUACGAACGUACCCCCGACCGGACCUCGACAGCCCUCGCCUGCGAGACCAGCUCCGGCCGUGGUGACGACCGAGCAUCAUCACGUCGUCGCUCCGCAGGACGUGAUCGUGUCUGCCUUGCCGAACGGUAUGGCGAACAACCCGAUUCUCGACCAGAAUGCGCUGCUACCGCCUGCACUCGAGACUCCCUUGGCGUCUGUUCAGACUCCUCGCGUAUAUGACCCUGAUCAAACACCGCUAGGUCUGCCCCCACCGGUUGGAAAUGCCGCUCGGCCUGUCGAAGAGGAGGAGGAGUCUGCCUCGAUACCAACACUGGUGACCUGGAACGAGGGAGGGAAAAACGUCUACGUGACAGGAACCUUUGCCGAGAAUGGAUGGAAAGCGAGGCUGAAGAUGAACAAGAGCACGCACGACUUUUCAUUACUGCUCAACCUGCCACCGGGCACGCAUCGACUCAAAUUUAUCGUCGACGACCAUUGGAGGUGUAGUAGCGAAUUACAGACCGCUACAGAUGGAGACGGCAACCUGGUCAACUGGCUAGAGGUCGAUCCACCAAAGAAACAGAUCGACUCGCACGAAGAUUGGGCGAUGGCGGAGUGGGCCCAAAAAGUCAGCGGAGCCGAGAUGGAGCAAGAUGACGGGUCUUUGUGGACCACCGUGAUUCCUCCCGCACUCGUCAACUUCAUUUCGAUCGAGGAACGGGGGAAAGAAUCGCCUGACGGCUUGAAUCCGGGCGCUUUCGAGAAAUAUCAGCAGAACAUGCAGCAAUUGUUGGCCACCGUUCCGGCCCCACCCACCGUCCCCCGACACCUCAAGGAUCCCAUCCUCAAUACGAGCCCAAAGGAGCUCGAGGGGACGAUUGGGGGUACGGCUGGAGACGACAACUCGAUACUCCCGGUGCCGAACCAUGUUGUUCUGAAUCAUUUGACGGCGGCCGCCAUCAGGAAUGGUACUCUCGCUGUCGGAACAACCACGCGAUACAAGCGCAAGUACAUUUCGACCCUUCUUUUCAAACCCGUGGACCAUUGAACGACCGCACAUAUAUCCAUGUAUCCGCCCCAUCAAUUGUACAAUACUAUUUCGAUCUCGACUUCGACGGUCGUGACGAACAAGAUGUACAUAAACUUAUCCUUGAGCAAUCCAGCGGCGGUCUUUUCUUCCUGAAGUGACACG